AUGUCUCAAUUUCUUCGCCGUAUUACUUCAUUACCUAUUCAAUCGAUUCGUUCUUUUCAUUCGUUCGAUGACGUAACACCAGCAAAAUAUAUUUCAACUCGCCUUAAAAACGGUGUUGGCUCUCGAUAUGUUUGUCAAUUACAACGACUAACCAUACAAGUCUGUAAAGAAUUUCGUACAUCUUUCGGUACAAGAGAUUGGAUUGCUAAUGAUCUAACGAAAUUCGCACGUGAGCACCCAUAUGUUGUUGUUUAUGUUCAACCACGCCGCCAUCGUGCACCAAAUAUAGUUGGUGAAUAUCUCACUGGUGAUCGUCAAUGGAUUCCACUUUCGAAUUGUGAUCGAGAGAAAGUUAAUUGGUGGAUUCAUUCGUUGUUAACACAAAAAGGUGAUCCACAAUGGAGAUUAUUAAAGCAAAUGCACACAGAUUCACCAUCAGUACAAGGUAUAUGGACACCAUUUACUAAUAAACCAAUUGAUCGAAUAACAAGAAUGUAUCCAGAUAAAGAUCUUACUGAAAUGGAAUAUCCACAUAUAACAGCAACGCAACAAAUCCAAGAAUUAUUUGAACAAGAAAAACUGAAUAAAACUUCUUAG